UUAGAAUCUUAAUUAGACACACCAAGUUGAAAAUAGACCACAUAAGGAACGAGUAGUCUCUUAAUACCUACGAUAUUCCAGUAUAGUAUACGAACCUGGUACUUUCCUCAAGAUGACGGCGUAUAUUCCUCGUCUCAACGCAAUACCGUACGAUGUAUUCGCGAACCCGGCGGCCUCGAUACUGCUACCUAUUGCACUGGGUACUACUGUAGGCUUCAGCUCUCGACCAAAACAAACCCAGGCCACAUAUGCUGCCAUGAAGCAGCCGCCGUUACGACCUCCGCCACAGGUUUUCGGUCCUGUCUGGACAGUACUCUACGGGUUGAUGGGCUACGCAGCUCACCGCGUCGUGACAAGAUAUCCCUCUCCCUUCGCCUCGACAGACGAGGUGCGCGCACUAUAUUCCGCGCAACUCGGCUUGAACUUGUUGUGGAUGCCUCUCUUCUUCGGGCUACGAAAACCAGUUCUUGCGUUAGCCGACAUUGUAUCACUAGUCGGGCUAAACGGCUACCUGACAUAUCUGUACUUCUCAGUUGACAGCACAGCGGGCUGGUGUCAACUGCCAUACAUGGUAUGGUUAGGUUUUGCGACGUACCUAACAGCGGGCGUUGGAUAUUUGAACAAUUGGGAUAUCUCGGAGGCCACAUUGGCGAAGAGGAUAUAAGUGAAGACUGGGCACGCUUUAUUUGCUUUAGGCCAAUCUGUAUGAGACGUGUUUUGGAUCUUGUAACUAGACUCAUGCUCACGUAGAAACAUCCUUACUCACUAUCGUAUGUGAUAUACAAGGCACCGCUCAA